UAAACGAAACAUCGACCCGUUUUACCAUCACUAAUUCGCACGGAAGUUGUUUGUCAUUCAACAAGAUUUUUGUAAUUCACUCGAUUUUGCUUCCAAAAGUCUGAAAUCCACAAAAGCAUAGACAAGAUGUAUCAGCCAUCAUUGAAAGUGCAGCCCUCGGAAGUUUCCGUGCUUAAUGCCACCGGUCGUGUGGGAAUGCCCACGGAGGCCAAUUGCUUCAACCAACUGGCCCACGUCCACCGGCUCCGCGAUUCGGAGCUCAACUACAACGAGCACCAGUACAACCUGAAUAUGCAGAUGCUGCGCAACCGCGAGGGACUUGGUGUGCCCCUCAAAAUGGGAAUGGAGCGUUUUGCCGCUCGCCAGGUGGGCCGCCUGCCCUUCCUUCAGUCCAGCAACUUCAUGGAUGAUGUUCUGACUGGCCGUUGCGACUCCAUUGGCUUCGAGGACUUCAUGAACCUGCCCGAGUACAGCGAACAAAUGCGUCAGCCCCACGCUGUGGUGGAGAAAUCCCUUGGCAUCCACUAAUAAAUCCUCAUAAUUAUAGUUUCUUAAAUGCUUGGCAUUCAACCCCACAUUCUGAUUCAGAAAAUAAAAUAUAUUUUGGUGCCCCCGGCUAAAGGAUAACAAAA